CCAUGUGAAAUUCACCACACGCAAAUUUUCCGACACCCGAUUCUUUUUCAUAUCAGACUUUCUCCUAAUAAUGUUGUCAUUGAUCUCUUAAAGACCCAGCUUUCGAGGCAAUUGGCGAUCCGUCCCAGCCCGUGAGAUUUAUCACAUGGUCUGUCGCAACGCCUGUCGUCGCAACGUCAUCGAAUCAUCAGGUUGCUGGCCGAGCUUACCCCCUAUGAUCACGUAUGCAUAUUAGCUCUACGACACACAUUACCGAAGAUGCCUAGCUCUGGGCCUAGUCAGGCGCCGGAACCCGGUCAGCAAGAUAGGAUGCGCGCUAUGAGCAGAUCUCCUCAUCCGUAUCAUCACCAAAGCGCCGACCUGCCCGACCCCUCGCAUCGCCUCGGCGUCCCUCGACCAGCAGGUUUCUCGAAAGAAUCAAGCCCCGGAAGCGAAAGUGGGACAGAAGCAGACGACGAACACAUUCUAAAAGGGCUUCCAGCGCCCAAAGUUAAGCUACACAAGGGAUUGCGAGGGCGCAAUGAGGUCUUCUCUGGCGCGUCGACGCCAAACCAGUCGCAGCUCUUUGAACUCACCUUCUCUCCGGAAUCGGCCAAAGUGAAGCCAGUUCGCCCAAUUCAGCAUGAAAACCCAGCCAUUGAUAUUGCCAGACGUAAUAAGAACCUGGUGCGGCGUGUUACUGAGGUCUUCAUCGUGCUCGCCCUGAGCACCAUGGUUAUUAGAAACAGCCAAGUCCUCCCUGUCGCAAGAUAUUGGCGUAAUGAACUGCUCAACUGUGCUAUCCUUUGCGCCACACUAGCUGUCUUAUACCCGUUACGAAUCAUACGCUGGACUUAUUGGAACAGAUCUCCGAAACAAUGGCUUCCGAUCCGAUUACCACAUAAUUUCGAUCCUGCACCUCUAUUAUACCCCCCUGCAAUCACGAUUCUGGUAUCACUUCUCGUGUCACCGAAAAACAGAGGUGUGAUGCUACCGAACCUUAUCCUCGGCCUCUGCGCACUGCCACAGCAGGUCAUUCCAAAACUAGAGAUCUUCGCGCACUACGAUACAUUACAUUGGGUAUUAACAUGCCUUCCGUUAUUAUGGUGUCGGGGAACAAAGGGAGAUGUGGCACUCGCCGCUCAGCUAGGAGCCCUGCCGCUAGAGGCUGCUGUAUUGCUGUAUCCCUUGCAGAGAACAACAAGCAUCGUGCUACACCACCUUACGACAACAAGUUUACUAAGCGCCGAACUUCAACUCUUAGGAGUAGCCCUUGUCGACGUAUUAAUCCUAGCCGUGUCUCCACAAAUCCAAAUUCUAAAGGGCUUGCUCUGGAUAGGUGGCGUUGCCGUACUGUUGCUCUGCGGAACUGUUAUUCGCUGGGGCAUUACUCUCGCUAGAGUUCCGCGAUGGAGAUUUAGACGCCCGUCAAUAACGUCACAGAAGCGGCCCCUUUGGAAGAGCGUUGCUAAGGCAUUGUCAUGGGCCAAAACUCGCGGCGAUGCAAGGUCUCCCUCUUUGGAAGACAUUCUAUAUGAAACCCCAGAAUCAGGCGAUUCUGACGACGAUGUUUUGUUGCUGAAACAACCUGCAAGAACACAGACCUUUGGUAACGGACACCGAAAUACAACCACAGCUACACCCGAGUCCCCAGAUGCCGACCUAGUCCGUCGACACACAUUAGCAACUCCAGAAAAGCCAAUUCCUACUAGUACUACUCACACAUCCUCUGGUAGGAAGAAGAGAGGGACAUCGGUGUCUGCAAAACCAUUCCUCAAACUGACGUACGAAGAAGCUGGAAUACGAAAGUGGGCAUAUGCAGCAUAUGUGUAUACUACCAUUGUGCUUGUAAUCUUCGUUGGCGUACGGACAUUUGUUCAAAUCUAUGCCUUGAACGGGAAUGAACCUAUCGGCUGGGCCCUGGGUUACCUAUUAGGUGGUAUAUCAUGGUUCCGGUUCCAAGUUGUUCAUUCAAACUUUGACCACUGGGUUUGCCUACCUCCUCUACUGGAUUCCACAGACCGCGCAUGCACCAUGGGCUGGGUUCAGCACAUUCGAGCCAAUGACUUUGGUGAAGCCAACACUCGACUUCUGCUAAGCGGCUACUGGCUCACCAUUCUCAUCUUUGGUCUCCUCAUUGUCUUCCAGCUUAAGGACACUUACGAAGUCGACACUCGUCGUAAGGUAUUUCACUUUAUGAUGGUAGGCAUGUUCAUCCCAGCCACAUUCGUUGAUCCGGCAUAUGCUGCGCUUGCAUUGGCACUUAUCCUAGCCGUCUUCCUCAUUCUUGAUCUCCUUCGAGCAAGUCAACUUCCACCUCUAUCAAAACCACUUGCAGCAUUCCUGGCCCCAUAUGUGGAUGGCCGUGACUUUCGUGGACCAGUGGUCAUCUCCCAUAUAUUUCUGCUUAUUGGAUGCGCGAUACCGCUUUGGCUUGCACUUGGAUCGCUGCCAAGAACAGGUUCGGGCAUUGCCACUGGCUGGGAGGUACCAACAAGGGAUGUCAGCAUGCUUGCUGGUGUGAUAUGCGUUGGGCUCGGUGAUGCAGCUGCGUCGCUGAUAGGUCGCCGCUGGGGUCACCGCAAAUGGAUUUGGGGAGGCGGAAAGAGCCUUGAAGGCAGUGUUGCUUUUGCCGUCGCCGUGUUUAUUGGCCUAAUGGUAUCUGUAGCAUGGCUGAGAAUAGGCGGAUGGCCAGUGAGCGAAGAGCCCGCGAGCAUACUGGCGACGAGCCGUAACGCUGGCGUCUGCGCAACGAUUGCCAGCUUGACUGAAGCUGUGCUUACCGGCGGAAACGAUAAUGUUGUUGUUCCCGUCAUUCUCUGGACUUGCGUAAAGAGUCUUGCCAUUUAACUUGACAAAAGCCUACACAAAGGCGUUCACUACCUUGUACAUAUAGUAAUGCAUAGAGAUGGAAAACAUCUCAAUCCAUCAUGAAAAAUAUAGAGCCAUUCUGGUCAUUGAAUAAAUAAUGUU